UAUGGACACUCGGUAAAACUUUUCUUUUGCUUUAGAUUUUAGGCUUGCAGCUGUUACUACUUUGAUCCUCUCUAUUCUCUCUCUACUGGAUUUUUCUGGUGCUCUGUAUAAGCACGCAGUAGCCAUGUUGGCGUGUUUCAUGGACUCUCGUAGCUUAUGCAGAGCCUAUGCAUCUUCGUACUUCUUACUGACACUUCUUUUACUGUUUAUUUUUCACUCUAUUGCCUGUUCUAACGGCAAUUGCCAGGUUCUUGAUUCAUGUGCUACCCCUACUGACUGUGGACCUGGUCUUUACUGUGGUAAUUGCCCUGCUUUGGGAAAGACUCAACCCAUUUGCACCAGAGGCCAAGCUACCAUACCGACCGCUAUUGUAAGCUUCUUCCUUCUACUGAAGAUUUGUAUACAUUUGGCGAUUGGUGGGUUGCCUUUCAACAAGUAUACAUGGUUGGUGACUCAUAAUUCAUUUAGUAUCGUUGAUGCGCCGGCUUUGCCUGGUGUUCAAAGACUCACGUUUUACAAUCAAGAAGAUACUGUUACAAAUCAGUUGAUGAAUGGAGUGAGGGGAUUGAUGCUGGAUAUGUAUGAUUUCAAUAAUGAUAUCUGGCUCUGCCAUUCAUUUCGUGGGCAAUGUUUCAACUUCACCGCGUUUCAACCUGCAAUUAACACUUUAAAAGAAGUGGAAUCAUUCUUGAGUCAGAAUCCGACUGAGAUUGUGACUAUUAUAAUAGAGGACUACGUGCAUACUCCAAAAGGGUUAACUAAUUUGUUUACUAGUGCUGGUUUGGACAAGUAUUGGUUUCCUGUGUCCAAGAUGCCCAAAAAAGGUGAAGACUGGCCAACUGUAACAGAAAUGGUGCAGUCUAACUACCGGCUUCUUGUUUUUACUUCUAUUGCUUCAAAGGAAUCAGAAGAAGGGGUAGCUUAUCAGUGGAGAUACAUGAUGGAAAAUGAAGCUGGAGAUCCUGGGGUGAAACAAGGCUCUUGUCCAAAUAGAAAAGAAUCACAGCCACUAAAUUCAAAAAAGGCGUCCCUUUUUCUUCAGAAUUAUUUCCCUACAUAUCCAGUUGAGAAUGAUGCUUGCAAAGAGCAUUCAACUCCGCUAGCUGAGAUGGUUGGUACUUGUUAUAAAGCGGCCAGGAACGUGAUGCCCAACUUUUUGGCUGUCAAUUUUUACAUGAGGAGUGAUGGAGGUGGUGUCUUUGAUGUUUUGGAUAGAAUGAAUGGCCAGACAUUGUGUGGGUGCAAUACUGUCCAAGCCUGCCAGGCUGGAGCACCUUUUGGAUCUUGCAAGAAUGUUGCUGUACCUAGGAGUCCACCAACAAAUACUAUGGGAAGCUUUACUGGAUCUGUUCAGUUCACAAGCUCUGCUUCAACAGUCUAUUCUCCGCAUUCUUUGCUUUUCAAAUUAAUCUAUAUUCCAUUGAUGAUAUUUUUAUUAUUGCUGUGAUGAAUUUUAUACUGUGGGAGAACAUUAUUGACCUACCAUAGGAGCCACUAUGAUACAUGGUAGAUUUUAGGAUGAGAAUUGGUGCAACAAAUCACUGCAUUUUGCAACGAGGGUCAAGCAUUGCCUAAUAGAGUUGAGUUAUUUUAGAAUAUUAGAUGAAGAAUUGAGGCAAAGCAGGAGGAACUGAUGUAGAUAGUGGUGAAGAGAUAGCCAGAGUGUUUCAAAAUUUGGUUCAGGUCUACGGCUUUUCUGUAUUGAAAUGUUUUAGAUAUUGACAUUUCCUUAUAUAUUAUCUUCAUUGAUACCA